UCAUACUUUCCAUCAGUCACAAUAGCGCUAGACAAUAUCUGGCGGUGGCCAAGUCUCCUUCCCACGCUAGUGCGGUGUUCACGCGAGCCAUUGCCAAGCGGCCCAAGCCCUUCCAAAAAAAUCCCAAAUAGUGCGUACUGUCUCUUCUUCUCCCUCCUCUCAUGCAGUCCAUAACCAGACCAACACCAUAGAAACAAAGCCCUCUCAUCACACGGGUCGUUUCUAAUCUUUGCACCUCAGCUUUACAUACACAGUCUUAGUGUAAAAGAUUUGGGUAAUUGGGUAUGAUUUUGAAUGACCCAAAAGAAGUAAAACACUUGGGAACUUUGUAGUGUGAGUUCAGUUUGCUUGAAAAUGGAGUCGGGUUCGAAUGGCGAAGAACCCACAUCGUGGGAUGAACUGUACAAGAUUGAUUUAAUUCCAUCGGAGUUGUUUCUCAAGUUUCGGAAAGAAAUUGAGGGGUUUCGGGUUGGUCUCAAUUUGGAGUUGUAUAAUGCUCCAAGUAAUGAGUACCAGACAAAGCUGGUAUUGAAGCCUCUAUCCUGUGAUCGAAAAUGGAAGUUCAUAUAUGAGCCUUUACAUCAUGAUGUGCGCCUUCUUUCCAAGAAGAUCCCAAUUACAAGGUUUCUAAAUCUCCAGGUUGGCAUAGGCCACAGUUUUCAGUUGCACGCAACUGGUUGGAAAUGGAAGCUUACUACUUGUUUGGGUGGAGAUGGUGUAUCUAGGAUCAGGAAUAAGACGUCACUUGGCUUGUGUCCUGGUGUGGAUUUCCGGUUUGGAUGGAGAGCAGACUAUGUUCUUCCAGAAUUUACUGGGGCCGUGGGCACAGGUGAACCGUUGUUCAACAUGAAUUCAGGACGCCUAGAAGCAUCACUUGAUCGAAUUGAGGCCAUUUUGACUCAUACAUCAUAAGGACUUGUCAAAGGACCAGGAAUGUUCAAAAAAUUCAGUGUGUCUUGAAAGCACAAGUGGAAGUAUUUUCAUUACCAGGGGUUAGUUUUUCCAUUCUCAUGCAGUGAUCCUUUAAGAUUUUACCGUGUAACCAUUGAUAGGGAUCCACAUGAACAUAUGAUUGUAAUUAAAUUAUUUCAGUUUUUGCAAAGAUUGUAAUUAAAUUAUAUCAGUUUUUGCACUAAGAGCAGUUUAUGAAGUUACCAUGUUCAUUUAUAUUUAA